AUGACACGCUCUGAAGUAUACCCAAAAAACCUUACUAUCGAUAUAACUCUCCAUUCCGCAAGUGGAGACGGCUCUGGUGUAUAUACCCUUAACAACUCCAUCGAUAUUUCCACACCAUGUUCAGAAACCAGCCUAUAUGUGAUUGUAUGUUUCGACAGCAACGCACUGGUUUCGGGUAUUAUUAAGGGAUAUAUCACAGGAAGAAGUUUGAAUUUAAUAGACAUCGAAAAUAUGAGAUAUAUCGCUGGAAGAGGCUUUAUGUUGUCAAGCCUCGUCGAAAAUACGAGUCGAUUUAAUGAAGGAAGCUUAAGUUCGCCAAACUUCGCCGAAAACUCGAAUUAUAAUAAUGUAGGAGCUCUGGACUCGUCAAGCUUCGUUGACGAGACGGGUUAUGUUGCCGAACAAGGCUUGCAUUCAUUAGAUUUUAUCGACGAAAACGUGGGCCACAUCAUUGGGGAAAGCUUUGGCUCGUUGGAUGUAGCCGAAAACACGGAUGUAGCGGAAGACACGAGUUACAUCGAAGAAGAAAGCUUGAGCUUACUGGGCGUAGCCGAAAACACGAGUCACAUCACUGGAGAAAACUUGAGCUCGUUGGGUGCAGCAGAAUAUACGGGCCACAUUGGAGAAAGCUUGAGCUCAUUGGGCGCAUCCGAAAACACGGGUCACAUCAGCUUAAACUUGUUAAAUCAAUAUUAUGUGGUUUAUCGUAUUGAAGAAAAUAACAAACUUACUUCUGUCCGUUUUAUUGACAAAGAAGUCUUAAAUAUGCCAAAUAUCCGUAAACUCGUUCAGAAACGCAUAUGUCUUAAAUGCAGAAAAUUGUUCAAUUAUCCGAGCCAGUUAAAAAAUCACAUAAAGUCUCAUUCCGGUGAAAAAC